AUAACAUUGAGUUGUUUAUUGAUUUCCCACAGGGUAUGAACUCAUAGAAGGUCAAACGUGGAGUGUCCAGGAUGCUUUGUCAGCACUCAUGGCUGGGGAGCACCUGUGGGUGGAGCUCAGGUGGCCGCGCUACUGGCUGUUACUCCAGCCCCGCCCCCUUUUCAAUAUAUACAUCCCAGCCUCACUGAAUCACGGCUGGUGAGAGGGGAAGCUCCGCACCCACAGGCCGGCAAGGACUAGCACACACUGCUGAACGGAAGCAGAGAGAAUUCACAGAGGAAAAGUGGCCAUGGACCUGAUCCCAAGCUUUUCCAUGGAAACCUGGCUUCUCCUGGCUACCAGCCUGGUCCUCCUUUAUCUAUAUGGGACCACCACACAUGGACUUUUUAAGAAGCUGGGAAUUCCUGGGCCAAAACCUCUGCCUUUUGUGGGAACUGCUCUGGCCUACCGUAAGGGUUUUUCUGUUUUUGACGAGACAUGUUUUAGAAAGUAUGGAAGAAUGUGGGGGUUUUAUGAUGGGCGACAGCCUGUGCUGGCUAUCACAGAUACGGACAUGAUCAAAACAGUACUAGUGAAAGAAUGUUAUUCUGUCUUCACAAACCGGCGGUCUAUUGGUCCAGUGGGAUUUAUGAAAAGUGCAAUCUCUUUGUCUGAGGAUGAAGAAUGGAAGAGGAUGCGAACAUUGCUGUCCCCUACUUUCACCAGUGGAAAGCUCAAGGAGAUGUUCUCCAUCAUUGACCAGUAUGGAGAUGUGCUGGUGAGGAACCUGAGGAAGGAGGCUGAGAAAGGCAAGCCUAUCAACUUGAAAGACGUCUUUGGGGCCUACAGCAUGGAUGUGAUUACCAGCACAUCAUUUGGAGUGAACAUUGAUUCCCUCAACAACCCACAGGAUCCCUUCGUGGAAAAUAUUAAGAAGCUCUUAAAAUUUGAUUUCCUUGAUCCAUUUUUCUUCUCAUUAUUACUGUUUCCAUUCCUUAGCCCCAUUUUUGAAAUGUUAAAUAUCUCACUAUUUCCAAAAAGCGUUACUGAUUUUUUCAAGAAAUCUAUAAAGAGGAUGAAAGAAAGUCGCCUCAAAGAUAAACAAAAGCACCAAGUGGACUUUCUUCAGCUGAUGAUUAACUCCCAGAAUUCCAAAGAAAUGGACACCCAUAAAGCUCUGUCUGAUCUGGAACUCGUGGCCCAGUCUAUUAUCUUUAUUUUUGCUGGCUACGAGACCACUAGCACGUCUCUUUCCUUCCUUGUGUAUGAACUGGCCACUCACCCUGAUGUCCAGCAGAAACUGCAGGAGGAGAUUGAUGCGACUUUCCCCAAGAAGGCACCACCUACUUAUGAUGGCCUUGUACAGAUGGAGUAUCUGGACAUGGUGUUGAAUGAAACUCUGAGAUUAUACCCAAUUGGUGGUAGACUUGAGAGGGUCUGUAAGAAAGAUGUGGAAAUCAGUGGUGUGUUUAUUCCCAAAGGGACAGUGGUGAUGGUGCCAGUGUUUACUCUUCACCGAGACCAGGAUCUCUGGCCAGAGCCCGAGGAGUUCCGUCCUGAAAGGUUCAGUAAGAAGAACAAGGACAGCAUAAAUCCUUAUACAUACCUGCCCUUUGGAACUGGACCACGAAACUGCAUUGGGAUGAGGUUUGCGAUCAUGAACAUGAAACUCGCCCUUGUCAGAGUCCUGCAGAACUUCUCCUUCAAACCUUGUAAAGAAACACAGAUCCCCAUGAAAUUAAACGUUCAAGGGUUAAUUCAACCAGAAAAACCCAUUGUUCUCAAGGUUGAGUUAAGAGACGGAGUGUAAAUGGAGCCUGACUUCCCCUAUGGACCUCCCCUUUGUUCUCCAAGAAGCUGUAUCCCAGAUCACCAGAGACCUCAAUUUCCUUUGUGAGUAAAACCCAAAAGUGAAGAUGGCCUGCAGGUACUGCCUGUGACAGAUGACUAGGGCUUCCAUACAUUCACUUAGCUUUUUUGGUGUCUGUGUGGAGCAUUCUGUAUUGUGGAGAGUGAAGGAGGUGCCCAAUAAGAGCCAGCGAUGUAGACUCAGCCUGUCUAGUUCACACAAACUACCCCCAGUUAGUACCAUCUGUUCCUUUGAUCAAGAAUAAAAAUUUCUCAACAAUUUUAUCAACCUACUUUAAUGAAAAUGAGAAUUAUUGUCAUGACUAUGGGAGUGAUAUUUCUAUCACAUGUCUUAUUUUGAAUAUGCUACAUUAAAUAUCACACUGAUCAACAUCACUUUACAAAACUCUGAGCUGAUGGUUUUGUGCACAUUAAAAGGGAAUCUGUAGAAUGAUGAGUGAGAGCCAGUGACUGAAUGUUUUGACCAUCGCAGUUGCUGGGUGGGAGGAGCUCAUUCAGAACUCCAAGGUGAUAUAUUAAGAUAAGUGAGAGUAAAUCCACUGUGACUUUGCCCAUUGGUCAGAAAGUCUAUUCAUAAUUGAAUUCUACAGGUUUUGGAGCACAUGUUUUUUCUAACUCUCAAUUGAGGCACUUAGUAUUAUAUGAUUAGUUUUCAUUUCAUCUGCCCUAAUAUUCUGGUACCCAGAGGACAUGCUUUCUCUUUGUGUUCUAGCUCAGCUCCCACUGUCCUGACAGAAUGAACGUUGAAUCAGAUGUGGUUGAUUGGCCGGUUGACUUGGCAGGAAGGCUAAAAGCAUUUGUCCAUUUCAGUUGCUAUGAGGAUCUGCAUAGAAUUCUUCCUAUUUCCCCCCUCCCCUCCAGCCCCUUCUAUCUCCUCUCCUGGCCUCUUCUUUUGCCUUUCCUUUCCAGAUAAUUUAGUCCUAAUGCCAUCAGUGGGGCACAGCCAGGUGGGCAGCCCCACACAGGGGGUCAGGGGCAGAGAAGAGAGUCACAGUGACUCUAAGCUAGCGACUGAGUGGGGUGGGGAGGGUGUACACAUGGAAAAUCAGGCUGGCAUGGGUGUGGGAGCCCAAGCUAGAUGAGAAGGGUGCCCACACAGAGGGUUGGUCUGAAGGAGCCCUCGGAGCUCAAGUACAGUGUGGAGAACCCAAGUAGCCGGUGGGGGCAUACAUGAGUGGUAAGGGAUGGAAUAAGGGUUAGUUACAUAAAGGGGGAUUGAUCAAAUAAGUAAAUAUAUUACUGCUAAAUGGUUUAGGAGUUUCUCACUGUUGGAGAAGGGAGUCACUGAUUUGGAAAGGGAGAAAGCCAAAUGAAGCCUGUGUAUUCAGAGCCUGGAAGUGAGUGUGUUAAUGUAAUGUCGUGCUUUCCUAUGGAUAGAUGAUAGAUUGGUAGAGAGAUAGAAAUGUGUGUGUCUGUCUGUGUGUGUGCAAGAACACAUAUCCCCUACCUCUCUCCAUGGACAGUUCUUAGAAACAGUGACGUGGUAAGAGAAAAGAGCACACCUAGUGCUCAGAUCUUGGCUCAUAAAUGUCAGUUUCCAGUGAAGGGAACUAGGGAUAUUCAGAGAAAUGACUGGUUCCAGGCUGGGAAAGCCCAUGAUGAGCCAGAAGCAUCUUGCGCUCCACGGUGCUGGGGAAACGUCCACAGGACACAGAGCUAAUGUGUGGGGUCUCUUCCAGCCCUCAGGCACAAUUUAGGCAUCAUGAUAACUAACAAUAGGGAGAGAUUAUAGCCCAUUGAAUAAAACUGGACACUCAAGUACACACAGAUGAAGAGAAAUGUAGGAACAGAUUACAAUCGAUGAGGAGACUCACACAGUUUCAAAGUACUACAGCUCAGACACCCAUGAGUUCCUGAAGAAAGAGCAGCUCACAGAGCAGAGACCCAGCAGACCAGUGAGCACCAUCAGGAACAGGAGGAAGGGAUGGAGCAUCACCGGAGAGGUUGCAGUGAGAGGAUCCCAGCGUCCCCUCUGGGAUAUUCUUGCCAAGGCGGCAAACCUGAAAAGAAAUCCCCCAAAUUGUGAGACAGACGGAAAUAAAAGAAUAUCUACUCCUAAUUUGUAACUGGUGAGUAAUCUUCUACAACAUCAUGGUCCUGAAAGCAAUAAAAAAAGAAAACACAAG